AUGAAAUGUGGUGACGUCAAAAGUGCGGAAGCUGUUUUCGCUGAAUCACGGCGCAAAUCGAUACCGAUGUACGGAGCAAUGAUGAAAGGUAUGCUUCCCCAUCAGUUUAUCCAUAUGAUUUUGCUAAAUGCUGCCCAUUCUGUAGGAUACAUAAAAAAUGAAAUGUCGGAGAAAACGAUCGAUCUUUUCAAACAAAUCAAUGAUCCGAAUGACGUUACCAUCACGCUUGUGAUUCAAGCUCUCAUGAGCUGCAAUAAUGUCAAAGACGCAGAAGCAAUUUUCUAUAGAUCACCACAAAAAACUCUAGAGAUGUAUGGAACAAUGAUGCAAGGGUACAUCAAAAAUGAGAUUCCAGAAAAAGCGGUUAGCCUUUUCAAGCAAGUCAUCAAACCUGAUGAAGUUCUGGUCACACUUUUGUUCAAAGCUUGUACGCAAGUGCCGUCAGAACAAUCGUUGAACUUAGUGAAAAAUAUCUGGGAACAAUAUAGCACUAAACUUGUCCGUAGCGAAACUACACUAACAUCCCUUAUCAAUGUUCUCAUGAAAUGUGGCGACGUCAACAAUUCAGAAACUGUUUUCGCUGAAUCACGAAACAAAUCGUUAUCGAUGUAUGGAGCAAUGAUGAAAGGAUACAUUGAAAAUGAAAUGUCGGAAAAAGCAAUCGACCUUUUCAAACAAGUCGAAGAUCCCCAUGAAAUUAUCCUCACACUACUCUUCAAUGCUUGUGCUCAACUACCCUCACAACAAUCGUUGAGUUUGGUCAAAGCCGUGUGGAAGAAGUAUCAAAACACGUCUCUUCUCCAUGAUCAUGCGCUAACUGCUUUAAUCGAUGCUUUCAUGAAGUGUGGAGAUGUGAAGGGAGCAGAGGCGAUCUUCGACAAGUUACCACACAAAGUGCUACCCAUGUAUGGAGCUAUGAUGAAAGGAUACCUUCUCAAUAAAACACCAAACAAGACUCUUGAUCUCUACCAUCAAACCAAAAACAUGAAGGAAACACAGUCAAAUUUCGUCAUUUAUCUACUUGCGAUCAAUGCAUCGGCACAGAUUGCCAUGGCAUCCCAAUGUCAGGCUAUUGUGGAUGACAUUCCACAGCAUCUGCUUCUCAAUAUUCAGAUUUGCAACUCCUUAAUUGAUAUGUGGGGUAAAGCUGGUUGUGUGCAAAAAGCUGAAGAAGUUUUCGCCAAUCUUUCAUCGAUUGAUCAAGUCGGAUAUGCAUCAAUGAUUCAUGCUUAUGGCAUCAAUGGAAUGGGUGUGAAAGCAGUCGAACUUUUCUAUCAGGCUCCACGAUCGUUGCUUGCUGAUUCCACUUAUGUUUGUGUUCUCAAUGCAUGUUCGCAUGCUGGACUCGUCGAUCAAGCUCGCUCGAUCUUCACCAGCAUCGAAUCGAAAACAGAAAAGCAUUAUGCCGCGAUGGUAAUCGUCAAAUGGAUUGUCUAA